GGCUGCACAUUUUACUUCACAUAAACUGCCGGUUGCAGAUUUGCUAUUUUCAGUGUAAUGCUUUUCAACGGCGUCUCCCGACGUGGAAAGGGAAGCGGCGACACUUCCAGGUCACAUGCGUCUUAACCAAAUAAACAAAGUUUAGUGCAGCAAGCUUGUUCCCCCCACAGAAACGAGACGAAGCUAUCCGGUCUGUGUUAAACCAUCCCCGGUGUCCGUCGUCCCUCGCAAGUGAUGCGAUACAAAGCAUGGCAGAGAGACAGGACAAUGAGGUGGAGGAGGCAGACCAAAUCUAUUUGCUGAUGAAGGAAGAAUAUCGUAUCUCCAGGAAUGUGCGUCUAGCGUGGUUCCUCGGGAAACUCAACCAAGUCAUCUGGCCUGCCUCGCAGCAUGAACUGCUGAACUCAGAGAAUGAAUUAGACCUGCUGAGCAUUUUACCAAAGGGUUGGCGGCCAGAUUUCUGCCCCUCUACAUCCCCCUACAUGUUGAUGCCAUCUACUCGUGCCACCUUCCUGGCACGGAGGUACCGGUUCAUCAUUGAGCUCGACCUCAGUCCGUCAACAGGGAUUGUGGAUGACUGCACAGGGGAGAUGAUCUUUGAUGAGGUCUUCCAUGCCCUAUCAAGAUGUCUGGCAGGUCUGGCUCGACCAUUCAUAGUACCUGGCACAGAUAAAGAUUUUCAGCCGAAGAUUUUCAUCACCAUCCUUGCGUACUCCUCGAUCAUUGGUCUCAAUUCUCACCAGGUGCUGGUACAGGGUUGUCAGCUUGAUCGCACAGACCUGAAUAAGUUCUUGAAUCACAUCUAUCAACAGCUCAGAGCUGUGGAGAACAACAUUGCAGAAGUUCUGCAGCAGCAGCAUGAGCGGUCUGAGGGGCCAGUCUUAAACUCAGGGCUUCUUGGCACCAACAUGGACAGCCAGCCUCAGAGGAAGCAGGGCAUUUCUGUAGUUACAGCCGACGUAGGACUGGUCAGCAUGGUGCGCCAGGGAAUCUUGGCCCUUCAGUUGCUGCCCCCCAAUUCCAGUGCAGGUAUAAUUAUAAUCACAGAUGGUGUGACCAGUGUACCUGAUGUAGCAGUGUGUGAGACCCUUCUCAACCAGCUCCGGAGUGGAACCAUUGCCUGCUCGUUCGUGCAGGUGGGUGGUGCUUACUCCUACGACUGCAGCUUUGGGUAUGUUCCCAAUGUGGAGCUGAUGAAGUUCAUCUCUUUGGCCACCUUUGGCUCGUACUUGCCCAGCUGUCCUGAGUCGGACCUAGACAGCCAGGAAAUGAAUGUCUACCACAAGGCUUUUCUGACUUACUCAUUUCUGAAGACCACUGAAUCCCUGAACUCUGAGUACUUCUGUGUUUCCCAGCAUAAGCUGUUCAAUGAGCACCUGGUCUCAACCAGCGGGAACCCGGCUCUGGUAAUGCGCAGGAAGAAGCACACAGAGAAGGAGGUUCAUGCUCAUUUGAUCAGCGUGGUCUCUGUACGACUGCGGGAGGGCUACACCAUUAGAGAGAUUAACCUCACCAAAGGUGGGACUCAGCUGGAGGUGAAGUUGGUUUUGCUGUGGAAACACAACAUGCGCAUUGAGUACCUCGCAGCUACCUCGUGGCCCCUGGACCUGGCAAAGCGUACCACCAGGGUGGAGGUAACCAUGGAGGGAAGCUACGACAUCCUGCAUGACAUCAGCUGCACCCAGAAGAAGCCCAUCACGAGCCCUUACCGCACCUCUGUCAUCCGACGCUUCUGGAACACGCUACAGAGUAUAAACCUGACAGAUCAGAUGCUGGUGCACCUGCAGUCUUUCAACUCACUGCCUGAGAAUUACACCAUUCCUGAAAGCACCAAAAAUGGAGUACCCCUCUUCUACAUCCCCCCUGGCUCCACCACACCGGUUCUUUCGUUACAGCAUAGUGGGUCCAAAGACUCCACUCAGUCCCAGUUUGCUUCCUACUGGAAACCCAUCCUUUCCAUGGAUGCCAACUUCUGGCAAAGAUGGCUGCACAUGCAUCGUAUUGCCAUCAUCCUGGAGCAUGACAUGCCUGUCCCCAAACACCUGCACACAGCUGGAAACAACGGCCGCUACAGCACCAUCCAGUGUCGCAUCUCCCAUUCUGCCCUCACGUCCCUGCUGAGAGACUGGAGCAGCUUCGUGCUGGUGGAGGGCUACUCCUACGUCAAGCUUAUAUACAGCUCCUCUGACCAGCCGCCCACCUCCUUCUACUUGGUCCGUCUUAUCUCGAAGGCACCCUGCAUGGUGCUGCGACUGGGAUUCCCCAUUGGCACGCCGGCACUUAUCAGGAACAAGAUUGUGGAUGAGCUACGGGAGCAGAUCCUCAAACUUCGCUUCCCACAUCGCGUGCAAAACAAAGAAGCCACCCCAAAGACCAAGAGGAAGAUCCUGGGCCAUCCAUCUCCAUCCAAAUCCCCUUCCCUCCCUGCUCCGAAGCCCGCCUUAUCAGACAGACCCUGUGUAGUGGUGCUCAAUAAACCGCUAGAGAAACUGCUCAUAAGGUAUGAAAAGCUGCCGUUGGACUUCAGGGCUCCCUUCAUCCUCAACAUGGAAAACUUCUCCCAGCCAGUGAGCAUGAUGGCCCCGCUUAGCGUGGCAGCUAACCGCACUGCCUCGUCUACCCUGGCCUCCCUGUCCCGUUACUUCCUCCAUCGGCGCUGGGUGUGGGCUGUGCAGAACAGCCAGGGUCCCACUGUGCCCAUGCAAGCCGUCGCUCACAUCCUUUCCAUGCUCUCUGAGAUCCGUCUGUCAGAAGGGUUUCAUUUUGCUGCCAGUGGAGAAGGGAUUGUCAACAUGGUGAUAGAGCUGCCAAUGAAGGACAUGUCAGUGGACUUGGACAGAGAGAGCCACUCCUGUAUUGUCCAGUACAUCCUGUUCCCACCACACUCCACCUCCACUAAGGACAGUUUCUCCACUGAUGAAGACAAUGACACAGAGGUGGAGGCCAUUGAUGUUGACACGGAGCUGAACCUGGUGACGGAGUGUUGGAUUGAGCCCCAGAGUGGUACAGUGUUGAACUGCGUGGACCAACAUCUCCACUUCCAGGGUCUCAAGUACCAGGAGAUCCCGAAAGCAAUCUUCCCACGGGAUUUGGCCUGCAUGUCUACCCUGAUAACCUUUGAGUACUUGAGCCAGCUGUGUCAGAAUAAAGACCAGAUGUGCUCAGCCCCCACUCUGCAUAAGGAUGCUGGAGGUGACGGGGAGGCACAAGCCUCUGAAGGCAAUAUUCAAACAGUUCCUUUCCAGUUAGACCUCAACCAGCUUCUCCCAAAAUGCCAGCAGAUUGAGCUCUUCUUCCUCACACUCAGUAGAGUGGAGAAUGAGGAGCAAAUCCAAGGUACCCCCUGUAUGCCCAACGAACUGCUGCUCAGUCUCUUCCACAGCAGUCUAGAACGGGAGCUAAGUGACAGAGAGAUCCCAUUGGUGGAUAGCGACCAUGUCAAAUUCAUGCAGAAUAUCUUGGAGCGGGAAAGGGAUGGGCACAUUGUACCCUUCUCAUUGCCUGUUAUUAAAGAGGAGUGUUCAAAGCUUCCAGACAGGCAGGACACCACAAUGUCCUUCCAGACCAUCGGCAGUAGUAAGGAGGUGACGGGCUCCACCAGUACCUUACAGAGCUUCAGUAAUGCAGACCUUGUUGAUGAUGAGCCAGUCCCAGGGGAGAGAAGUUGCUCAUGGCCACAGUGGAGAUGCUACGCCAAGUACAUCAAUUCCCAGCAGAUCCUCCUCACCUUCCUCCCUGCUACCUUCACAGAUGUUGUCAUGUUGAUGUCAUCAGGACUGGAGACAGAGCCACAGAGCAGUGUCGGUAUGCAGGAAGACGACACUCUCACUCCCAGCAAUAAAUCGCUGGCCAACUCUCUCUCGGACUCCAUCAGUGGGCUGGAGAGAUCAGAGUCUGGGCAGAGCUACUCCAACAACUUGGGUAGGAGCUCCAGCAGUGGACCUCUUGGCCUCAGAUCUCCUGUGCUUUCCCCAAGCUCGGAAUUCCAAAGUGUCCCUUUUGAAAGUUUGACCCUGGACCAGGACAGUCUGGACAGCAGAGAGUCCGAGUGUGAGAUUGGAGCUGCAGGCUCAGUGCCGGGAGAGAGAGAGGGAGUGCAGCCCUGUGAACCAAAGAGGAGAGACUUCCACAUCACCUUCAGCAGGCAGGUGUCCCAGCAGAGCACCAGCGAUGUCAGCCAGCUGCGCUGCCCUGUCUAUGUCUAUAACUGCUCCCUGGACCUCCUGAAGGACCAGCUGAUCCACCCCAACUCCAGCCGCCAACCCAGGGACAUCUUCUUCAGACCUCAAGACGCUGAAUCCUGGGAGAUGUAUCAGCAGAUGAAGUUCAGAUCCCUGUCUCAGGAGCGCAGCAGUGCAGCCUCCUGGACAGACCUCUUGGCUCAACCCCACAAGCACAAGGAGCUGGCUAACUACUGUAGCCUCCUGCAGGAGCAUUACCAUCAGAGCUACGUGAAAGCUGUGUACCGGAGCCUGCAGCAGUCUUACAGCAUUGGCUCCCAGGAUGUCUUGACAGCAAUGGACUACUGUGAAGAGUCACUCCAGGAGAUUGACAUCACCCCCUUUCUGCAGACCCUCUGUGGCCACAUCAGGGUCUUCCGUGAGCGCAGUGAGGUCACAGGUCAAGGAGCAGUUGGACAGUCUCGUAGGAAUCCUGCGACAUUCAUUAUCGGAGAAGCUGAAGAGGAGGGGCCAUCAGAGAGGCCUUCCAUGGCCACCUCAUCCAGUGUUGAAACGGAGGAUGUGAGUGAAAUUGAGUCCAGAGAGCGGUCCUCUGCUCCUGCCUCUCCGCUGAUCAUGGACGAGACCAAGACGAGGAAGAUCCUCGAGUUUCCUUUGUCACUGCUGCAGACGCAGAACAAGUGUGAGGUGUACCCAGAGCUGCACAAAAUCAUACAGGAUAAAUUCAUGGAAAUUGGUUCUCAUUAUUUCAAAACGGUGCCCUCCAAUCCUCACUACUUCUUCUACUGUCCACCAUCAUCCAAGAGAGAGGAGGACUCUGAUGAUGAGGAUGAGGGGAGACCCAGUGAGGAGGUGGUGUCAGAAGCUGAACAAGCUACUGAGGAUGAAAAUGUGUCUGGCUGUGGAAUUGUAACGGAGAGUGACACAGAUUUGGAGGUGGAAUAUCAGGAGCGUAGCGGAACCAAGUCCCAGGAAGAAGGGGAGGAACAGUCCCUGUCGGACUCCAACACUGUCAACCAGGAUGAUGACUCCUUCAGCAUCCUGGAGGGCGAUUCCCUACUGGAGCCUGAAGGGACGCUUCAAGAGAUGCCCCCGCUAUUUGUUCAUCUGACCUGUUCUGUCAAUAUAAAGAGCUGCCAUGGAUCUAUGCCCGUACAGACACUGCCCACCUGCCUCAGUGAGAUCAUUUCCUGCCUAGAGAACACUGACUCCCUACAGUCUGUGGAUUUGAAUGAGCUAUCAGUCACCUUAGACAUUUUUGUCCUGACAUUGCCUCAAGAGAUUGAAGUCUUGGCUAACUUCCAUCACAAUAGGUACACCUCCGAAAGCAGCGUCUCACUAAACCGUUCUCCAGGGCAGCCAUCCUCCUACCGCUCCGACGAGGAGGUUAUGUGUGUGUUAGACAGCCCAAGGGGAGAUAGCGUGGAUGGGGUUUCUGGAGAUCGUCUGUCCAAACUGCCAGUGCCUCAUAAAUUAGCCAUGUUGGCCACAAUAGAAGAGAUCCGCUGGCUGCUGGAGGAUGAGAUUGUGUCUGCCCUGCGUCAUUCCCGGGUCAUCAGCUCCUCCACGCUUCAUAAGGUCGCCGAUCAUGUGUUGCGCUCCAGUGGCCGGCAGCACUGUCAUUAUGAGGUGGUCCCCCUGCAGUUCGUCUUCGGCCCUGAGCAGUCUUUGGAGAAAUUCAAAGAGGAGUUCCGGAGAAUAUCUUUCUCUGGUUAUGUGUUGAACGGGGAAAAAGACAACUUCCACUACAUGUCCCUGAGUCGGCUGCACCCACAGAGGAUCCAGGCGACCAAGAGACUGUCUGAAAGUACAGCAAAGCUCUCGCAACAAACCAGUCAUUGUGUUGUUGGAGGACAGGUAGAGGACAAAACAAAAGUUCCCUCUAGUCACUCCACGCCAGGGAAAGCACUGGAGAGCGAUGUGGAGACCGAGAUGACAGAGGCGGACAAUGAGCAGGUUGAAGAUGGGAAGCCUGGUAAUGUCGCCAUGGAUGCUGACAGUGAUCCAGCUUCAGAACCCAGCGAGACCAUAAAAGCCAUUAAGCCCGAAGCAGAAGAUGCUUGCUCCCAGGGCUCGGUCGGCACUACAGGGGGCAGGGGCCAGCCUGCCAUCACCCACCUCCAUUUUCAGCCCAGCGCUGACCACUACUCCGAGCCCACCUCACCCCCUAAGACCCCCUCCACCAUCAGUCUAGCAGAGUCAAUGCAGUCUACCACCCACAAUAGCGGUAAACUCAGGCCCAGCCGUGUCCAGAGUGUGGUCUCCAGCCAGGGCAGCCUGGACUCGGAUAUGCUGGGUUAUGAUGGCGGCAGUAGUGACUCUGAGUGUGAGAGUCCCACUUUGGACGAGCAGGAGGGUCAGUCCCCGCUGAUGCCUGACUUUUGGCUUAUUGUUAAGAUUCUCCAGGACAGAGUAGAGGUCUACUCCCAUUCCAGGAGUGUCAGUGAAGGAAAAGAAGGUGGUGCUGAGGAUACGGAAAAGAAAGAAGAAAAGGAGGAGUUGCCUGAGUACUUGGAACUGCAUCAGUUGAUGGUGCGCAAGAUUGGGGAGAUCUGCCGAGUAGUCAACCAGCGCAUGCUGCUGCAGGACCUGCAUGACAGCCACAUCUGUAACUCUUUGUUGGUGGCUGAGAGCGAGGAGGACAUCUGGAAGAACGAGUCUCUCUACAGGCAGCGUCUGACCAAUUCUGAUGACUACAGUGCAGAGGAGAGCUACCAACCCAGAGACUACCUGGCUGCCACCAUGCAGUUCGUCCCGGGCCACUUUGCCUGUGACGUGGUGUGGAGCACCAUCAUUCACAUCCACCCACGCCUCAAGAUGGGGCCCAACAUGGGUGUGUCCAGGGCCAUCCAGGCCCUGCGGUCUGUGCUGAAUUCCUUCUGCGUAGUCAACAGGAAGAACAUGUUCGUCUACCAGGAGCGCACAACCAAAUCAGUCUUCUACCUCAGGCUCUGUGAGACGUCCCAGACAGGGAAGUACUCAGACAUGGACGGCACUCUCCACAUGGUCCGCUCUGUUGGGCUUGCCCGGAGUCAGGAACCCUUAAACUCAGAGGACGUCACAGGUUCGAGGUCUUCUCUUGAGGGUUCUCGGCCUGUUGGACAGGUGGACAAACACAUCCUGCUGCUGGUGCACGGAGUGGGAAACGCCGGUCAGGAGAUCACAGACGAGCUGGUCAAGGUGCUGCGUAAGCGUCUAGACGAGACCACCCUGGACAUCAUCACAGUCAUGCUGGUCCGAAACUGCAAGCUGACCCCAGCUGAUGUGGAGGACAUUGAGGAGCCAGACAUUGACUGGGAUAUUGCCAUAGACCACAAUGGUGAAACAGAAGGAGUUAUUGUGGUUCCUCACAUUGACUGUCCGGUGAGCGAGGAACAAAGGGAAGGUGUUCAGGCCCUCCUUGAGCAGAGCGACCCGGACAUGGCCGCUAGGGAAUUGUACCUCCUAUGCCGCGAAUAUUUGAGCCCCUCUUAA